CUUAAGAUGGAGGAAAUACGAUUUUUCUAAUGAAUAUAUAAUAUACAUUUUAUUUAAUUAUAUGUCAAAAAUUGAAAACAAUUAAUUAAAAAAAGUCAAAACUGGAUAAAUAGCUAUAAAAAAAGAAAGAGAAGUAAUUUGAAAUGGCUUUGAGGGAACUCAUGAAAGAGAUGCAACACGCUGAUAUGGAAGGGGGCGACGAGAGAUGAUGAUGCUAUAUGGUCGUCGUCUGAUAUCAAUUCCAAUUCUGGUCGAGAGAAAGAGAACAUGGCCAAUGAAAUCGCCGAACCAAACGCUUGCAUUCGCGGCUGUUGUCGCAGCCGAACGAUCCCUCUGCACCUCCCUCCCUCCUCUUACUCUCUCUCACUUCCGAUUGCCAGAGGUUCGGAGAGUGUGGUGUACGAAGCCAUCCUCAGAGGCCGGAAAGUCGCCGUGAAAAAGCCCAUUCUGGCCACUUCCGAUGAUUUGGAUAAAUUCCACAAGGAGUUGCAGUUGCUCUGCAAGCUGGACCAUCCAGGAGUCGCAAAGUUGGUUGCUGCACAUGCUAGGCCUCCGAACUAUAUGUUUUUCUUCGAGUUCUACGAGUUUGGCAAUCUAGCUGCUCAGUUGCACGUGGAGCAAUGGAGUCCUAGCACUCACAAGGUGCUCGAUGUGUCGUCUAAGCUAGCAAAGGCUCUCCAAUAUCUGCACACACUUGGGAUUGUCCACAGGGAUGUGAAGCCAGCAAAUGUUCUACUUGACGGAAACCUUCAACCACAUCUAGCUGACUUUGGUUUGGCAGAGUACAAGACAAAUCUUAAACAAGUUUGCACUCAAAACUGGACGUCAAUUGGCAAGCCAACUGGUGGGUUCCACAAGAGGAAUAUGGUUGGCACAUUUAUUUACAUGGCACCAGAAGUACUAAGGAAAGAUAUACCUACAGAAAAAUCCGACGUGUACAGUUUCGGAAUUUCAGUCAAUGAGCUUCUAACAGGUGUUGUCCCGUACACUGAUCUGCGUACAGAGGCACAGGCUCAUACUGUGCUUGAGAUGAACUACACAGAGCAACAACUUACUGCAGCUGUGGUAUCUGAAAGUUUGCGACCUCUUCUUGCUGGUCCAAAUUUGAAUGUACCUGUGAGUUUAGUUUCCUUAAUAAGUAGGUGCUGGGAUGCAGAUCCCCGAAGUAGGCCCUCAUUUGAUGAUAUCAUAAUAGAACUUGAUUCCAUCAUGGAACUUGAAAGUGAACUCAUGAAAGGUGAAAAGGAAUCAGACAAACAUUCUGUUACACAAGGUUAUCAUGAGAGUAUUAAUUGGUCUACCCAGGGUGAAGAUUUCGCAAAAAAAAGUUCUCUCAAUCCUAAUUCUUGUGUGGGCAUGUGGGAUGAUUCUCCUGAUGAUCCUUCAGUAUAUUCUCCAGUACUAUCGUGGGGUUCCUUUGCAUGUUGUGGGAGAAGAGAAACAAUGGAGGAUAGACACUUCCUUAUUCCCAACAUGUGUGAUACACAGGACAUCCAUGUAUUUGGAAUCUUAGAUGGUCAUCGAGGUGCAGCUGCUGCUGAGUUUUCAGCUGGAGCUCUACCUGAAAUUUUGAGAUCUCUAGGCUCAAGAGACAGAUUUCAAUGUCCGUCAAAAGCCCUUACAGAAUCAUUCAUUCAAACAGAUAUUGCAUUCAGACACGAACUUAGUUCUCAGAAGAAAUGCAAGGGAGCUAUUAAAAAAGACUUUCAUCCUGGUUGCACUGCAAUUGUUGCACUUAUAGUUAAAAACAAGCUUGUUGUUGCUAAUGCUGGCGAUUGCAAAACAAUCUUGUGUCGAGCUGGACAUCCAUAUGUAUUAAGCAGGGACCAUGUUGCAAGUUGUGCUGAGGAGAGAGAGCGAGUCACCAGAGCUGGGAUCGAGGUCAAAUGGCAAGUUGAUACAUGGAGGGUUGGGAGUGCUGCUCUUCAGGUCACACGGUCUAUUGGCGAUGACGAUCUGAAGCCAGCAGUAACUGCUGAACCUGAGAUUUCUGAAACUAUCCUGUGUGGGGACGACGAAUACAUUGUAAUGGGUAGCGAUGGGCUGUGGGAUGUUGUGACGGAGGAGGAAGUAGUGGGCAUAAUACGAGACACGGUUAAAGAGGCGGGAAUGUGUUGUAAGAGAUUGGCAACUGAAGCUGCCGAACGAGGCAGCCAAGACAACAUAACAGUUAUUGUUGUGUUCUUGCGCCCUGUCUCCACCGCCCAAAGAAUUUAUUGAUCUGCUCAAAGCGUAUGCACACUCCUUCAUCAUUCUUUUGAUCUGGAUUCCAUGCCUGCUAGCUGCCUGCAUUGUUCUCGCUAUUCUUACUCCCUCCGUCCCAGGAGUAUUUAGAAACUGUUUGGGUAUUCAUUAUUGAUUACGUAGUACUCCGUACUUGGCACGUGAUUAUUAAUUUGGCUUUAAAUAAUUAUUGAACCGUAUAAUUAUGGAACCACACCCGGCUUUUGGGUACCUAU